AUGAAGAUUAUCGAUGAUGAACAUGUCCUCCGGGAAGGGAUUCCACCAUUUCGAAGAAGCCGACAUCAGUGGAUACGAUGUAAUUCUGGGAAAGCGUCAAAUAUCAGCCACGUGCACCUAGAUACCGCUAAGGAAUUUGCAACUUUAAUGGACAACAGCAACAUUAUAUUCGCCUCCUUUCCAUUGCGAGCUGCGCACGCAGCGACUGAGCCAAAUAUCCCGGAUGAUUAUAAGGAUUAUCUUGAUGUAUUCCGAGAAGAUAUACCUGACGCGGAGCACGCACCCCACGAUCAUGCCAUAGAUCUCAAACCUGGCAAGGAACCACCUUACCGACCGAUAUAUAACCUGUCACCUCAAGAACUCUCCGUCCUCCGAGAAUAUAUUGAAAAGGCAUUAGAGAAGAAUUGGAUACGCCCGUCCAAGAGCCCAGCCGGUGCCCCAGUAUUAUUCGCACCGAAGAAAGACGGAACCCUGCGUCUUUGCGUAGAUUAUCGAGGGUUGAACGAAAUAACAGUCAAGAAUCGGUAUCCGCUGCCCCUGAUAAGUGAAAUACUCGAUAGGUUAGCAGGUGCCAAAAUAUACACGCAAUUGGAUCUUAGGGACGCGUAUCAUAGAAUCCGCAUACGAGCGGGGGAUGAAUGGAAAACGGCAUUUCGAACACGAUACGGACACUUUGAGUAUCUGGUUUUACCCUUUGGGCUAACCAACGCCCCUGCGACUUUCCAAUCUUAUAUCAACAAAGCCCUCAGUGAUAUUUUGGACGUAUAUUGCGUGGCUUAUCUUGACGAUAUCGUAAUCUAUUCGAAUACGCUUGACGAACACGUCGCCCAUGUUAAGAAUGUGCUGGAACGUUUAAGGCGAUGGAGACUAUAUGUGAAACUUAGUAAGUGUACGUUCCAUGCAACAGAAAUUGGAUUUCUGGGUUUUGUGAUUACCACGCAGGGCAUCACUGUCGAAAAACGCCGCGUCGAUACGAUCCUAGAUUGGCCUGAACCGCGAACAAUAAACGAGCUGCAAACAUUCCUAGGAUUCGUCAACUUCUACCGACGAUUCAUAUACAAGUUCUCGAUAAUAACGGCACCCCUAACUGAGUUGCUAAAAGGAUACGAAACAAAAAAGGGGAAGAACAACGCACCUGUCCAACUGGACGAGAACUGCAAGCACGCAAUACUGCAGUUAAAAGAAUGCUUUACAAAAGCACCGUUGUUAGUUCAUUUUGAUCCGCAGCGAAAACUCCGUAUAGAAACGGACGGAUCUGGCGUUGCAAUCGCCGCAGUAAUAUCGCAAUUAAUGGAUGAUGGUCACUGGCACCCGAUCGCGUUUUGGUCCAGAAAACUCACAGAAGCAGAAAGACAUUAUCAAACAUAUGAUUUAGAAAUGUUGCCGAUUGUAGAAGCUUUCAGGCAAUGGCGCCACUACCUACAUGGUAGCAGGCACCCAAUAGUUGUUUUAUCUGACCAUGCCAACCUCCGGCGCUUCAUGACGACGAAGCAGCUAAAUGGGCGUCAGAUUCGUGGGAUGCAAAUGCUCUCAGCGUUCGAUUUUGAAAUUGAGCACCAUCCUGGGGAAAAUAAUCCCGCAGAUGCACCAAGUCGUCACUCAGAUUAUAUAAAACACGCAGCUCCCUUGACGGGGGCUCCCUACCCUGCAAGAGAAGCUGCGAUAAAGAACGCACCUGCAGAUGAGAACGAAGUCGCCGGCGUUACGGGGUUAGACCUAGGGACCCUGGUGCCACGGAUUCUAGCCGUUAAGGUAUUUGAGUCCGAGACAGCCUAUCGCGAAGAGGUAGCUGAAUCUAUUGUCGAACUCUUGCUGCAGGUUCAGAAUAGGGACGCUGGCACGUCUGAACUUCGCAGAAGACUAGAGGUGGGUGACGCUAGCGUAGGUGAUCGUUCGACCUGGGCAGUAGACAAAGAUGGCCUGCUCAGGAAAGAUGGUAAAGUCUACGUACCGCAAGACAAGGCCGUAAGGCAUGAAAUAAUGAAAAUGAACCACGAUGAUCCCCAAGGUGGCCAUUUUGGACGUGACAAAACCAUCGAAGCGAUCAAACGCAAGUACUCGUGGCAUGGUAUGAGCGAUGAGAUUGCAGAAUAUGUGAGGACCUGCGAUGUUUGCCAACGCGUCAAGAUACCGCGGCAUAAGCCGUACGGGUUGCUACAACCACAUCCAGUGCCAGAUAAGAAAUGGCAUACAAUCACCUUCCACCCGCAAACCGACGGCCAAACGGAACGAUUGAACCAGGUGAUUGAACAUUAUCUUCGCACAUAUUGCAGCUACCAGCAGGAUAACUGGAUAGAGUGGAUUCCCCUGGCGCAAUGGGCAUAUAAUAACGCCUUCCACGCAUCGAUAAAAAUGACACCAUCUGAAGCGAUGAUCGGCCGACCAACUGAACUUCGUAUAGACGUGGAACCCCCAAGCACGGGCGCGUCAAAGUCGGCGAUAGAACCAAGUGGAACGGAUGAAGCAAGCGGGAAAACAGGAUUCGAGGAAUGCCUAAGAAGCUGCCAAAGCAGCUGGAGAAAAAGUAUUAUGAUCAGCGCCAUAUACCAAAAAGCUUUAAGAUAG